AUGAGCGACAAAGGGACAGUGUCGUCUAAGGAGGAGUCGACCGAGAAGAGGGGUCGUGGAAGACCCCGCAAGCUUCCUCAGCAUCUUGAUUCUAAGGAGCCCAGCGGAUCCCCAACUGCAAAGAGGCCGAGAGGACGGCCUAAGGGCAGCAAAAACAAGGCCGCCACCAAGGCCAAAGCAAAGGCAGAACCUGCUCCUGGUGCAAAACGCAGAGGAAGACCCAAGAAGGAGGACAAGGAAGAGAAGCCUUCACAGGAGUCCUCUGAGCAGGAGGAGGAGGAAGAAGAGGAGGAGGAAGAAGAGGACCAUCACAUUACGAUGACUGUAGCGUUCAGCCAGGAGAAGGUGUCAUCAGGUGGUGUCCAACCUUCGUUGGGCGUUUUGACCCUGAACGACGACGCCCUCCAGUUAGCGGGCCGGCAGUGA